CCCUUCUCCGCAGGGAUGUGUAGAUGGAGUCCAGAGAAGGUAGUGCUGGCCCAGACACCGGGGGCGUGGAGAACUUGGUGGACACGCAGUUCCCCGUUGAGGAGGCUGGAGACAGUGAAGGGGUUCACUCGAGCACGCCGGAUCCCGGAACUGGGGACGCAGAGGACACAGGAUCCAAGGCCAAGGACCAGCCAGCCAACCUCUUACCACCUUUGCCUCAGGCCUAGGCCCCAUCAAGCACUUGUCAGCCCUGGAAAACUGCAGCUUCCAAAGAUAAUCCCCCUGGAGAACCUGAGUGUAGCUCCGAGGGGCAGGGAGAAGACCCCAAUGAUGGGGACCCCAAUGAUGGGGACCCCAAUGAUGAGGAGUGGCACAACCAAAGGAAGCACAUGUUUGUGCUGAGUGAGUCAGGCAAGCACAUCUACUCACGGUAUGGUAGUGUGGAGGCCCUGUCUGCCACCAUGGGUGUGAUGACGGCCCUCAUGUCCUUCGUACAGAGUGCAGGAGAUGCCAUCCGAGCCAUCUAUGCUGAGGAUCACAAGCUGGUAUUCCUGCAGCAUGGCCCACUCCUGCUGGUGGCUGUGUCCCGGACUCCACAAUUGGCAGCACAGUUACGGGGUGAGCUAUUGGCAGUGCACGCACAAAUUGUGAGCACAUUCACACGUGCAAGCAUGGCCUGCAUCUUCACACAUAAGCAGAACGAUGACCUCCGUUGUCUGCUGGCUGGCUCAGAGCACACACUGGACCGGCUCCAAGACCCUGGUGCCCUGCUCCUGGGUGCUGUGCGCUGUGUGCCUCUGGCCCAUCCACUGCGGGAUGCCCUGGGUACAUUUCUGCUUUGCUGUAGCCCCGGCCUGGCCAAGUCAGUGCUGGCUGUUGGCGGUCGACUGAUAACAGUAGCGGAGGAGAGGAAUAUGCUGGCUGAGUGCCGGCUGGACCCAGCUGAUCUGCAGCUGCUGCUUGACUGGGUGGGUGCACCUGACUUUGCAGCAUGUGAGGCAUGGGCACCUGUGUGCCUGCCUCGCUUCAACCCAGAUGGUUUCUUCUAUGCCUAUGUGGCCCGCCUGGAUUCCAUGCCUGUCUGCCUGCUACUGCUUGGUACCAACAGGGAAGCCUUCCAUGCCAUAGCUGCCUGCCGGCACUUGGUUGAAGAUGAAAUGCACCACCUUGGUGCCCUGCGUACCCAUGGGGAGACUGCCAGCUACUCUAAUGGACCUACAGCCACUGCCCCUUCCUACAGUGUGCAGGCUGUGGGAACACCUGGCCUCCGGCAUUUCCUCUAUAAACCACUGGACAUCCCUGACCAACACCGCCAGCUACCACAGUUUACCAGUCCUGAGCUAGAGGCCCCAUACAGCUGCAAGGAGGAGCGACAGCGACUGUCUGACCUGUAUCACCGCCUGCACGCUCGCCUCCCUAGCACCUCCCAGCACUUGUGCCUCAUUUACCACGUGGCUGAGAGGGAGACACUGCUGGCCUGGGUGACCUCCAAAUUUGAGCUCUAUACUUGCCUCAGCCCCCAGGUGACCAAGGCAGGUGCCAUCUUAGUGAUGACGAAGCUCCUGCGCUGGGUGAGGAAGGAAGAGGACCGGCUUUUCAUCCGUUACCCCCCCCAGUACUCCACACGGCUCUCCACCUCGGUGGACCAGGCCCCCAACAAUGGCUUUUUCUCUGGAUUCUGA